AUGGCAAGCUGGACAGAAAGGAGAGGUGUUGUUGUUGUCGAAAUCCUCCCAGCUCGAAGUACCCAAUUACAUGUAUCGACUUACCUCUCACCGAACGAGGUCAUCAUACACAAAGGUCAUACUCAGCACAUCCGGUGCCCCAGCUUCAUCAAGGGUGAACGAGUGAGCCUGGUGUUCUGGUUCAAAGGGGAACAACUCCUAGCCCGCUAUACCCAUCCCAAAGUUGGCAGUAGUUAUGCUUCGAGUGAUCGUUAUCGGAUGUCCCACUCGCAUGAUUUGAUUAUAAGUCAAGUCGACUUACAGGAUCAGGGGGAGUAUGUUUGCAGUGUUGUCCCCAGCGCUACUGGGUUACAGAGGAGGCAGUCGGUCUCCGUCACUGUUCUAACUGAUGUCCCGAGCUUUAAAGAGGCCAUGUACCGUAAAGCAGGCGAUGCCUGCGUACAACGGAAUCAGACUCAUCACAUUCAGUGUCCAAGCUACAGGGAAGGGGAGUCCGUGAGUUUAGUCUUCUGGUUCAAAGGAGGACAACUUAUAGCCCGCUUCGCCAACCCAGCAGUUGGCACUAACUUUAUUUCGAGUCGUCAUUACUGGAUGUCCAGUUCGCACGGUUUGGUCAUAAACCAUGUUCAAGCUACUGAUUGUGGAGAGUACGUGUGCGGUGUGGUGCCGAGGGCAACAGGGGUGCAAAGGAAAGGAUCGGUGCGAGUUACUGUAUUAGAUCCCGAAUUUCCAAUCGUGGGCGAUUCAGAAGUUGUAAACAAAACUAGUCUCCUUCUCGAAAGAGGGCAAGGACACGUGAAGUUGACCUGUCCCGCAUUGCGCAUGGACCAACAGGCUGCCACUGUCUACUGGUCCCUUGGCAACGAAGAGACCAUGGAUACCAGCAUCAUCGGUGUGCAGUUCUCCGAUGGGGAAGCAAUGGUAUCGGAUGACUACCGUGGCAAUUACAACAUCACAGAUGGUGGCUCGUUGGUUUUGAACACAUUAGACAUGCCAACUAGUCGUUUUUGGUGCCAUGUUUUUACAGAUCAGCCGGGUCUGUUUUGUGCAUAUUAUGACAUCACCAAGACAGAUCCUGGCUCAACAACGGAGAGUGCGACCAGUGGGAAGGUUGACCGUAGUGACGAAAUAAUUCCUCAGGAAAGUGAUUUCUACAAAGGCAAGGCACCUUACGAUUCCAUAGCUCUCUCGCCAGCAAAGAUUCCAGGUGGCUCGGCUGUUCCUGUUCUUGUUCCUGUAGUGUGUCUACUCGCUGUCUUAGGCUUUUUCAUCUUGGUGAAGAGGGGCAUCAGAAAUGAAGAUGCGAAGAGUGGAAUGCAAACCCAAGAUGAAUCCGAGGCCAAUCAGAGUGCCAAGCCGAGAGAACCGGCCUCAGUUGCCGCAAAAUGGACAGAGAAGGGAGGCGUUGUAAUUGUAACUGUCACUUCAAGAUGAACCUCAUGGUUCCACAGACAAUUCUUCAGCUGACAGAAGUGAGACUUGUACAGCCGUUCGGGACUUCGCAGCGUUUCUGCUGUCACUGUUCAACAUGGUGAAAAAUAAAUUCUAAAUAAAGGCAUCAU